AUGGCGUCCAUCGGUAUGCGGUCCGGUCGCCUGCAAGCCGCCCUUCGCACCGCCAGAAACAACAACACCAUCAUCCGCCCGAGACUCCCUCGAGAUGCCCCUCGACGUCAUGCCUCGACCGGCGCCGGCUCCUCGACCGACUCCCCCCCGGCCGUCUCGGGCUUCAAGACCGGCCUCUAUGGCGUCGCCCUCGCCGGCUCUCUCUACCUCUCCUACCUCUACGUCACCGACACGCGAGCCUCGAUCCACCGCCUGGCGCCCUUGAUGAUACGCUUCGUCUGGGCCGACGCCGAAGACGCUCACCACGCCGGCACGAGCCUGAUGAAGACGCUCUACGACCUGGGCCUGUACAUCCGCGAGCGCGACCGGUCUCUUGCCCAACACCCGGCCCUCGUCACCGAAGUCUACGGCACGAAGCUCUCCAACCCCAUCGGCAUCAGCGCCGGCCUCGACAAGCACGCCGACAUCCCCGACGCCCUCUUCGCCCUCGGCGCUGGCAUCGUCGAGGUAGGCGGCUGCACGCCUCGCCCCCAGGACGGCAACCCGCGUCCCCGUGUCUUCCGCGUCCCCGGCCUCAACGGCAUGAUCAAUCGCUACGGCCUCAACUCGCGCGGCGCCGACAGCAUGGCCAUCACCCUGAGGGAGCGCGUGCGCAAGUUCGCCCUCAAGGUCGGUGCCACCGAGAAGGAGGUCCUGGAUGGCGAGGCUGGCGUCCCGGCCGGCAGUCUGCUGCCCGGCCGCCUGCUCGCCGUGCAGAUCGCCAAGAACAAGGAGACGGACCAGACGGACGUCAACGCUGUGGCCAGGGACUACGUCUACUGCGUGCAGCGCCUCGCGAGGUACGCCGACAUCCUCGUUGUCAACGUCAGCAGCCCCAACACCCCCGGCCUCCGCGACCUGCAGGCCACCGAGCCCCUCACGAAGCUGCUGAGCGCCGUCGUCGAGGAGGCGGCCAAGGUCGAUCGCAAGGUCCGCCCCAGGGUCAUGGUCAAGGUCUCCCCCGAUGAGGAGGAGGAUGCCCAAGUCGAGGGCAUCGUCCAGGCCGUCUGCAACAGCGGCGUCGACGGCGUCAUCGUCGGCAACACCACCAACCGCCGCACCGGCAUCGUCCCGGACGGCGUCAAGCUCACGGCGACGGAGCAGAAGGCCCUGCGGGAGACGGGCGGAUACUCUGGCCCCGCCAUGUACGGCAGGACGCUCGAGCUGGUCAAGAGAUACCGCAAGAAGCUCGACGCCCAGGCCCUGCAGACCGGCUCGUCCGAGGAGGCUGCCGCCAUCCCCUCGGCCGACGGCUCCCUGUCCGGCAAGGUCCACGACCUGAUCGAGGGCAAGGACACACCGAGAAAGGUCAUCUUCGCGACCGGGGGCAUCACGAACGGAGAGCAGGCGUUGAACAUCCUGAACGCGGGCGCGAGUGUCGCCAUGGUGUAUACAGGCCUUACCUACGGCGGCUCGGGGACCAUCACCAGGAUAAAGAGAGAGAUUGCGAAUCAGGCGUAG